ACACUGCUGUUUAGUGCAGACAGGUUUUGGUUGGUGUCCGGGUCGCCUGUAGAGCUCGGAGCGCCGGAGGGAAGGGGCGAGGCUCUAUUUAAUCCAUGGAUCAGCACCUGGCUCUGAGAGAGCGCUGGAGCGCGUGAGCCGCCGCGGUGCUUCAGUUCCCCGAGGCGCGGACUCGACCUCAGCUCAGCCAUGACACAGCGCUUACACAGCGCGUGCACCGUGCUCCGGAGACAGCUGCACUCCGUCGGCAUCAUCGGAGCGCCUUUCUCCAGAGGACAGCCCAGGGACGGUGUCCAGCGUGGACCAGAUGUGAUUCGGGAAGCUGGACUUGUAAGAAAACUUGAAGGUCAAGGUUGUAUUGUAAAAGACUACGGUAAUCUGAUAUUUAAAGAAGUGUCGAACGAUCACCCCUUUGGGACGACAAAGCAACCCCGCGCAGUUGGACUUGCCAACAAACAGGUUGCUGAUGCUGUGCAGAGGGUUAAGAAUGAUAGCUACACCUGUGUGAUGCUUGGAGGAGAUCACAGUUUGGCGAUCGGUUCAAUUCAUGGCCAUGCGGCCUGUAGACCGGAGCUGAGCGUGGUAUGGGUAGAUGCCCAUGCUGACAUAAACACACCUUUAACCAGUCCGACAGGAAACAUCCAUGGGCAGCCCAUGUCCUACCUCAUCCAUGAGCUGCACAAUAAGAUUCCCAUCAUGCCAAACUUCUCAUGGAUUCAGCCUUGUCUAACAGCAAAAGAUAUAGUGUACAUUGGACUCAGAGAUGUAGAUCCAGAGGAACAUUACAUCUUGAAACACCUGGGGAUUAAGACUUUCUCUAUGACAGAGGUUGAUAGUCUAGGAAUUGCCCGGGUUAUGGAACAGACGUGUGACCACAUAUUUUCAAAGAUAAAGAAACCUAUCCACCUGAGUUAUGAUAUUGAUGCCCUGGACCCCUCACUGGCACCAGCCACAGGGACUCCGGUGAUCGGAGGCCUGACGUACAGAGAGGGCAUCUACAUUACUGAGUAUUUGUGUCAAACUGGGCUUCUGUCUGCUAUUGAUAUUGUUGAGGUGAAUCCAAAGCUAGCCAAAAAAGAGGAGGAGGCGCAACUGACAGCCAGUGUGGCAGUGGAUCUCGUGUUAGGCUGUUUUGGAAGAGUGCGUGAAGGAUCACACCGAGACGAUUAUAAAAUCCCAGAGCCAUAAGUGCAAAGUGUGCAUUUUCAGACUUAGAAGAUAUCUCCACCACACAGUC